CAUACUGACUCCCUCUCAGCUGACACGCGGAAUUAUCUCUGACUUUUCAUCUCUCCUCCGAAGCUGGGACCAUGAUGAUCCCAAGUGUCCUCGCGCCCCCGGCCUUCUACCCGGGGCUGUACCGGCCCGCCGCGGCCCUGCCGCUGCACCACGCGCUGCCCGCCGCCUUCCAGAGCCACUCCAGCUUCCUGGUGGAGGACCUGCUCCGGAUAAGCCGCCCCGCCGCCUUCAUGAACCGGACCGUGGCGCCCGCGAGCGCGCCCCUGGCCCCCGCCACCACAACAGGGUCCUUCAACGGAGCAUCCACGGAGCGCGCGCCUGCCGCGGUGACGCGCGAGUCCUGCUCUCCUAAAACCUCUGUCCUGAACGGCAAAGAUCCAAGUUUUCUCAAAUUCGGAGUGAGCGCCAUCCUCGCGCCGUCGCCAAAAACAGCUUCCCCCCCUCCUGCGGUCCACUGCCUGCAGUCCAAGACCUUCCCCGUCCCCUGCUUUGACGGAACCUUCCACCCCAUAUUCAGAACACCUUAUCUACCAGCAUCUUCUUCCGUGGUUCCCAUCCCCGGGACUUUCUCGUGGCCCCUGGCCGCCAGAGGAAAACCUCGCAGAGGGAUGCUGAGGAGGGCGGUGUUCUCCGACGUCCAGCGCAAAGCCUUGGAGAAAAUGUUCCAAAAGCAGAAAUACAUCAGCAAGCCCGACAGAAAAAAACUGGCCUCUAAGCUGGGCCUUAAAGACUCGCAGGUGAAAAUCUGGUUUCAGAACCGGAGGAUGAAGUGGAGGAACUCCAAGGAACGAGAGCUGCUGUCAUCCGGGGGGUGUCGGGAACAGACAUUGCCCACCAAAGCCAACCCACACCCGGACCUGAGCGACGUGGGCAAGAAGUCCUCCGCCGAGGAAGAGGAGGAGGAAGAGUUCGGAAGAGAGAGGAUGAGGGCGGCAGGGUGCAACCUUUCUUCUCCCUCUCUUUCCAGUAAGCACUCGGAUUUCUCAGAGUCAGACGAAGAAGAAAUAACAGUGUCUUAAUUAUUGUCCUUAAGAUUUAUUAUCUACAAGUUGUUUUCUGUGACUGUGACCAGAUGUUGUAAAAAGCU